AUGGGCUCACCCUACCCGAUUUCUAUUGAUGAAGUCACUGCAACCUCCAUCUUCACGCCGACAGUAGCUCUCGCCGAAACGUGGAGCGGAAAUCAUCAGCGCGUCUUCCUUGCCGGAGAUGCUUGUCAUCAGACAAUUCCUUCGGGCGGCUACGGAAUGAAUAUGAGCCUUGCUGAUGCUUGGGAUCUUGGCUGGACGCUCGCAGCUACUGUUCAAGGCUGGGGUGGCACUCACUUGAUGAAGACAUACGAACAGGAACGUCGUCCUGUGGCAGCGCUGAUGCAACACUGGAGCAAAAUCCACAUGAUGAAACUCAUGGGGCUUUCAACAGCUGUUAAAUUGGAUCCGGUCAUGAUCGAAUCCAUGGAUGAGCGCGGCAUAGCCCUGCGUGAGGAAAUCGAUCAGUACAUUCAGCAAAACGAUGACCAUAACCAGAGCGCGGGUACCGCACGUGGCUUUGUCGGACGGUAG